AUUUAUAUUAUAUCAACAAUAACAGCCACCCAGUUAACAAAAGAGAUAAGAUUUCGAGUCAAAAUUUUCGACACUUUACUUCACUGGUUAAAAUGAGAUAACUGGAAUAAACAGUUCAAUUUGGCACAAAUUUUUUUCAUUCAAUAACAGUAGGUAAACGUAAGCUUGUGCAAUGAAUACGAAAGAAAUGUGCCGCCUAUGUUUGCGACAGAAGUCGGAUACUGUUCCGGUCGCGCUGGAAGACUCGGAACUACGCGAAGUGAUCGAUAAAUUAUUCUGCUGUCAGAUCAAUCGAAGCAAAACUUCCCCAACCUUCAUAUGUCAUGUAUGUCGGAAAACAGUGAUGGAUUUUCACCAAUAUGCUGAACAAGUGCUUAUAAACCAGGAAAUGUGGGAUUCAACGGAAGUUUUGGUUGAAGAAUAUGAUUUGCCAGUUCUGGAUUCAGACGUAAAAAAUGAUACUGACAUUAAAAUCGAACUUCUCGAGACGGAAUGGGUUGAAGCAGAUUUAAUCAGUGAAAUCACCACUGGGGACGAAGAUGUAGACGUAAAUGAAACCAUUGAGGUCACACAGGAUCCAGAGUUAUUACUUGAUGACGUAGAAAAUCACACAGAAGACGUUGCUUCAACAGAAGACAAAAUCAACGAAAGUGGACGCUAUGAGUUAAGACAUAACCAAAGUUUAUCAAAAGGCAUUUGCACGAAAAGAAAAUUAGCUGAUAGUGCAUUGGAUAGACUGGUUUUAAAACAUCACAAGCUUAUUUGUGAUUUGUGUUCGACACCACUGAAAAACUUUAUAGAAAUGCGUAAACACUUCACAACGGUACACGAAGAGGAACCUUACUUGAAAUGCUGUGAUAAGAAAUUAUACAAAAAAUAUCGCAUGGUUCAACAUCUACAGCUGCACAUAGACCCAAAUGCGUUCCGCUGCAAUUAUUGUAAGAAACGCUACAGCUCGAAAAAAGUACUCAGAGAGCAUAUGAAAGAAAUUUGCUUGCCUAAAGCAAGCAAAAAUGAAGAAAAAUCACUGGACGACAGCACUAUGGAAAUUGAAGAACCCAAAUCCCCAGAGCCUCCGCCAGAUGAGAUAGUUCUAAAGCAUCACAAACUAUCGUGUGAUUUGUGUUCAGCGCCGAUAGAUAAUUUUAAAAUGCUGCGAGCGCAUUUUUUGUCAGUGCAUAACGAGAUUCCAUAUCUCAAUUGCUGUGGUAAAAAACUUUACAAACGAUUCCAGAUGGUGCAGCACCUGCAGCUGCAUCUUGACCCGGCUGCAUUUCGAUGUGAUAUAUGUAAUAAAAAUUUCGCUUCGAAGCGAGUUUUGCGAGAACAUCAAGUAGCGUUUCAUGAAUCCAGUGAAACUCGCAGAAUCAAAAGUAAACGAAUUUUGAAACCUAGGAAACAGAGGCAAGAAGGAGAACCUCCCACCACGGAUGAACUAGUCCUGCAGCAUUACAAACUAUCAUGCGACUUGUGCGAAGCAUCAAUCGAUGAUUUUCGAGAGUUACGCGAGCAUUUUGAAUCCGUUCAUAACGAGGAACCGUAUCUGAUGUGCUGCGAUAAGAAGCUUUACAAGAAAUACCGAAUGGUUCAGCACCUUCAGUUACAUUUAGACCCAAGUGCGUUCCAAUGCAACAUUUGUGGUAAGAAUUACAAUUCGAAAAAGAUUCUUCGAGAGCAUGAAAAAGAAAUCCAUGUAAAUCCUAAGCCGAUAAAAACUGUCAAUAGAGUACAAUGCGAAACUUGUAAAAAAGAGUUUGACACGGAGGGUCUCCUCAAAGCGCAUCAACGAAAAUCUCACUCAUUGAUCAAAUGUCCUCAAUGCUUCAAAGAUCUCGUGCCGGGGUCACUGUGGAAGCAUUUGCUUUCGAUACAUGGUAACGCUUCGCAGUAUGUUUGUGAAAUAUGUGCCCGUAGUUUUCGCGAUAAACGCUGUUUUCAGGCACACCUGAAGGGACACAUGGGAACACGACACGAGGAUCGCGUUCAAUGUACCAUUUGUUUAGUGUGGCUGACGAACAAGUAUCAGCUGACGAAGCACAUUAAGCGAAGACAUGUAGCACCAGAUACAACGCAAAAACAUCAAUGUAACGUCUGUGGGAAAUUAUUAAAAAGUCGAGAGGCGGUGCAUCACCAUAAGCACCGCUAUCACGGUCCGCUGCGAUAUGAGUGUGAGGCUUGCCAUCAGAAGUUUCGAAUGAUACGGCUUAUGAGGGAACACGUGGGACUGCAACACACCGGACAAUACUUGUACGAUUGUAAUUAUUGUGAUGAGAAAUUCUUCACGAAAAACAAGCACUACACUCAUCGAAAGAAUGUGCAUCCCGUAGAGUUUGAGCAAGACUUGCGCACGCGAUUGACGACAAAUGUGGGAGCAGAGAAAUGAGAUUACGUAGAUGGAUUACUUACAUUGCUAAACUACUUAUGUAAUGCAAUAUGUUACUUGAAUGGCUCUAGCUUGGAGAACUGGUUUAGAAUGCACAAGUGCGUGAACGUUAAAAUUUUAUUCCUAAUUAUAAUGAACAAUUUGCAAUCGCAAUGGGACCUUUUACGCCAGUUUGUAGCCUCGUUUUCGAUACGAAUGACACCGUAUAAAGUGUUUCAAAAAAAGCCUAAUUAAAAAAAUAUA